AUGUCCAUCCUAAUCCUUGGCUGGAUACAGAUAACAGCAGGAUCACUGGAGUCUCUCGAGCUUUCUAAGGAUUACCAUAGUACACUUGCUCAUGCUUGUCUGUCAUCAAUUCUCAUGGCCCAGGCAGUAUUCUGGAUUUCUUCGGCAACUGGCCUCUGGCCCCGACACUCUUCCCGGGCGCCUGAAUACUACGACUGCCUAUGGCUCUUUAGCAUCGGCGCGAUCAUGAUCCCGGUUCUGUACCUCGGAGCGCAUCUCUGGGAAGGACGAACAGCCGUUCUUCUGCUUAUCGAGCAUAUAGUCUAUGCGCUCAUGGUAAUGGCAGCAUCCCAGAUUGGAAUCUGGCUGAGCAGGAAGAAGUCUCGAAGACCUAAGAGGAACCUCAUGUCAUCGUUUACCUGGUUCCUGCUUGGUCACCUAAUGGUCGCCCACCACCAGUGGAAUGCAAUGACGAAGAAGAUACAUGAAGGAUUCGGAUAUGCUCUGAUAGCAAUGGCGGCAGCAAAGGCGCUCGAUAUCCUAGCUAAUUCACAUAGAUCAGGGAGGCGUCCUAUUGAUGUAAACUGUCUGCGAUUUCUUCCUGCCUUGUUUUCCACUAUCUCUAGCCUGAUGAUUAUUGCUGCAACGUGGGAGCUGUGCGUCGCUGUUGAAGAAUUUGGCCUCUCCCCUCUGGCUUUUCUUGCUGGUAUCUGCACUUGCGCACUUCUGGUUUUCUUCUUUAUACUUGUCCAGGUGCAGUACAUUGCUUCCUUUUUGUAUCCGGAGGAGCAUGGCCAGCAUGAUUACGCAGCUCUACCGCAAUUGUCAGUGCUUUCUCCGAUUAACAGCAUAGAAUCAGAUGACGUUUGA